CGCGAGGCGCUCUCGUUGCUUAGCGUUGACCAUCCCUUACGACCGGCGUGCCUCAGGAAUCUCGGCAUGGUCCUGCAUCGACGCUUCCAGGUCACAAGCUCGUCUGAGUAUCUUGACGAAGCUCUCCGCCUUCAGCGGGAUGCAGCGACAGAUGCCGCGUUGGUCUGUGCCGACGAACGUCAUCAUCAUCUUAGCAUUCUCGGCCAGCAUCUGUGGGUACGCCAUAUGGUCGCCGGCGAUUCUAAUGAUCUAGAAGAAGCGGUACCGCUGCUUAGAGAAGCCGUAAACCUCUGUCCUUCCUCGCAUAUCGAACGGGAAACAGUUCUUUUCAGGCUCAGCCAGGGAUUGCACUGUCGGUACCGCAUCAAAGGUGAACUUGGAGACCUGGAAGAAGCCCUAAAUGUGGCCAAGCAAGCACUCUCCAAAAGUAUGCCCGGAAGCUCCAGCCGAGGAUACGCCAUAGAGGCGAUCGCGACCAAUCUCACGGAGCGGGUGUUCGUCGCGUCGACCGUCGCCGCGGAUCUCGACGAACUUGUCUUGCUGCGCCGUGAAGCCCACCGAAUCAAUGUGCUAGGGCAACAUUCGGGCUGGAUUGAAGCGGAGAACCUCGCCAAUGCCUUGCGCUUGCGUUACCUGUGGAGUGGGGACCCGGCUGAUCUCGAAGAAGCUAUCGAGUUACGCAGACAUGCGCUCGAGAGCAGAACGGACACCAACCCCCACGGGUGGAUGACAACAGGCAAUCGUGCCGCAGACCUAUACCUUCGAUACAAGGAAUAUAAGCGUCUAGAUGAUCUUACGGAGGCCAUACAUCCCUACCGCGUUGUUUCCCAGUCAACGUCAGUAGCAAACCCUCAACAUUACGACCAGUACUUAUCCUUCGCGGCUGCGCUAUGCACCAGCGCUGAAGCACUCAGCCAAGUCUCUGAUUUGGACGAGGCAAUUGAUUUCCUCACGAGGGUAAUGGAGCUGAUCCCCAGCGAUGUACGCUCGCGCAUUCAGGGCGCCGUCCGUCUUCUCCAAAUCGUCGAGGCUCGACAUGUGGUUAACACCGCGGGUGAUGCGGUGGUCAGGGAGCAACUUGUCGAUAUCUACGCUAGCCUGGUCGCCCUGUUGCCCCGCAUUGCUUAUUUCGGCGUUGAUCUAUCAUCCCGGCUGAGUGCUCUUGCUGUUGGUCAGAGCGUCGCUACGACUGGCUCCUCUCACGCUCUGCACGUGCAUCAAACCGAACGCGCCGUGGAAAUCCUCGAGCAAGGGCGCGCCAUAUUCUGGACACAUGCACUCCGUCUACGCUCCGAAUUCGAUACCGUUCCCGAGCGCUACCGCGAUCAACUGCUGUUGCUCGCACAGCAGCUCGAGCGCGAUACCGACAUCUCCUAUGGCUCGGCGGACCGGAAGGUCGUUGAACGGGCCAUGGUCCUUCGAAGGAAGCAGAGCGAUACGUUCGCCUCGCUGAUAGAUCAGGUUCGCGUUCUUCCGGGACUAGAUCGGUUUAUGCUACACGACGAGUAUUCGUUACUCGCAAAAGCGGCAGAUAAAGGCCCUCUGGUGAUGUUGGUGUCCAGCGCGGGUGCAGGGUAUGCCAUCAUUAUCAGGACGUCUCGGGCGCCGCUCAGUGUGUCGUUACCCGAGCUCACCGACGCUUGGGUGCUCGAUGCGAGCAGUACGUGGGGAUCGGCAGUAUCCCAAGCACGGUCGGCGGUCCGAGAGCGCUUACAUUUGGCGAAGGUUCCGAUAGUAUCCAAGUCAUCUGUACGAGCCAACGCUGCUCGGGAGAUCCUCGAAGGGUUGUGGGCGAAGGUUACCAAACCCGUUUUACUUGCAUUGGGCCUGAAGGUGAGCCGCCGUCUUCGACCCCGUGUAUGGUGGUGCCCCACUGGUAGUACAGUCCAUCUCCCCAUCCAUGCUGCAGGCACACGCGAAGAAUCGUGCUCCGAUUAUGUGGUCUCUUCCUACAUUCCUACAUUAGGAUCCUUAAUCAACGCUAGGAACAACUUCGAGCCGGUGUCAAAGGCGGAUAUCAAGACCCUUCUUGCCGCGGUUCCUCGUCCAUACGCCGAAAGAUGGCGCGAUUUGAUUUCCACGCCGGAAGAGAUUCGUGCGGUAGCAGAGAUCAUGCCGUCGAGCGCGAUCAUUCCACUACCCCCCAACGAGAACGCGAUGAUCGACGAAAGCAACGGCUUGCGAGCCCGGACGUUGCUCGAUAAACUCCCGGGUGCGACUAUCCUGCACCUUGCGUGUCAUGGGCUGCAAGACCCCGAGAAUCCGCUCAAGAGCGGAUUCGUCAUGCGCGACGAGCUGGUGACCAUCGAGAGACUGAUGCCUACGCCUCUUCCUCGUGCUUUUCUCGCGUUUCUGAGCGCCUGCGAGACCGCCAAGGGCGACAAGGACCAACCUGACCAAACGAUCCAUCUUGCUGCCACUAUGCUGUUUGCUGGCUUCAAGAGCGUCAUUGCCACGCUGUGGUCAAUGGAAGAUAUCGACGGUCCCAUGAUUGCUCGGAAGGUCUACGCAGACUUGUUCAACGAUGAGCGAGGAUACCUAGAUCCGGACGACGUUCCGUACGCACUCGAUGCUGCCGUGCAAGAGCUUCGAAGGGUAUAUCCAGAGCCGAGUCGGUGGGCGUCCUAUAUUCACAUUGGGAUGUGA